AUGCAAUCUUUGCUCCGGAAUGUCUGCCGAGCCGGAAGCCGCGGGGCUGCGGCGAGGCUCCUGGAGUUUGCUGCUCCUGUAGCCACUCAGCCGGGGGCUACGCCGCCAUCCUCGGCCAUCAAACACCUCAGCACUUGCGGGUUCACUCCUCCAACUGGGAUGGAUCAAUUUCUUUGCGUGCAGAAUCGGUUCAUUUCAUGUCAUGGUGUGACUGCUUCCUCUGGUUUCUGCGCGGAGGUUCUCAUGCCGAGGGGUUUGUCGACGGUGGGAAGUGCUGAGGUUGCCUCGGACGAGGACGAUUCCAGCUCCCCUGCGGUUGAGCACCCCCCACGCAUCAAGUUCAAGAGGCCCGACAAGACUGCCAGGCACAUUAUGAAUAUCUUGAACAAAGAGGCGGUUGAUAAGGUCCGUUCGGAGAGGGAGAUCCCUGAUGUGCAGCCUGGAUGCAUCGUUCAGAUGAGAUUGCAAGUUCCUGAGAACAAACGGCGAGAAUCUACAUUGAAAGGGAUUGUGAUAGCAAGGCGCAAUGCUGGGAUAAAUACAACCUUCAGAUUGCGUAGAUUAGUAGCUGGUGUGGGAGUUGAGUCCGUCUUUCCACUUUACUCACCAAACAUCAAAGAAAUGAAGAUCUUGGACAGGAAGAAAGUCAGGAGAGCUAAGCUGUAUUACCUGAGAGACAGGAUGAAUGCACUUAAAAAAUGA